GUUGGUUCGUGAAUCAGUCUGACCCGAGUCCGAGAACAACCAAAUAGAGAGCAGUGGGAUUGAGAUCUUUGCCUGGGAGCUAGAUUGAGGUUGAACGGGUUUCUGUCUGUGCGAAUAAUAAGUUUUAAAAAUGCCGGUGGAUAUUGAGCAGUGGACCGGUCCUCUCUCCCUCACUGACGUGGAGGAAAAGCCGAGCAAACCCCUGACGGUGAAAUACGGCUCUCUGGAGAUCGACGAGCUGGGGAAAGUGCUCACACCCACUCAGGUGCAGAAUCGACCCACAGUGAUCGAGUGGGAAGGCUGCGACUCAAGCAAGCUGUACACUUUAGUCAUGACUGAUCCGGAUGCCCCAAGCAGGAAAGACCCCAAAUUCAGAGAAUGGCAUCACUUCCUGGUGGUGAAUAUGAAAGGGAAUGACGUCUCUAGCGGGUGUGUGAUGUCGGACUACGUCGGUUCUGGUCCUCCAAAAGGAACUGGCCUCCAUCGUUACGUGUGGUUGGUGUAUGAACAGUCAGGAACACUGAACUGCACCGAACCCGUCCUCACCAACCGCUCUGGGGACAACCGUGGAAAAUUUAAAAUCCAAAGCUUCCGUAAGAAGUAUGGUCUCGGUGCUCCGGUGGCCGGGACCUGCUUCCAGGCCGAGUGGGACGACUACGUCCCCAAACUUUAUGAACAGCUUUCCGGGAAAUAAACAGGGAUGGUUUUGUACUAUCGUCCUGAACAUGGCUUUAUCAUAUGAUUGGGAUAUUGGAGGUAGGAUUUGGCAAAAAUGAAAAUAUUGUGGCAUUUGAAGACAUGAUCUGUAUCAGCAUGUCGAGCUUUGAUAAAUAAACAGCGCAGUAAAGCAUUUUCAUUUCAGCAAAUAAAUAAACGGGCGAAUGUCCAAUCGGAUACUUGUUGCUAUGCAGAUUUAGUUUGAUCGUGUGGUAUGAUGUCAUUGGUUAGUUAUUAGGCUCUCUAAUUGGUCAAUGUAUUAUGGAGAAAAUUAUGGUUUAAAGCAUUGUCAUCUCCCUCCCUCAAAACAAUCAGUAACAUUUAGCUAAAUAUGGGGGUCUUGCCUUACCUUCAACACCUUACACUUAACUAGGGUGGUUUAAUAUUAGCCAUUUAAAAUGGCUAAUAUUAGUGUUGCCCCACCCCUUGACGUUGUUCCUAUGGAUACUGCUUUAAUUUCAUGCACCAUGUUCAUAUGACGGUCUAAUACAUUCUUGUUAAAUAUUCCUGAUUAAAAAAAAAAAACAAACGGA